UCCUUCGCGAAGAGUAACAAGCGUAAGUAAGCAAGUAUUUGAUGUUUUUUUGUGGGUGAUGAAAGUUUUAACAAUCCAAAAAAACUAGGACUUAUUUGUUUAUAACAAAGGUCUAUUAUCGCUAAUUAAGCGCAUUAUUCCAGUUUUCCAAAUGACUAUUAACGUAUUUCUCUAAUUCAAUGUUCUGUCAAUCGAAUUAAUUAUUCCAAAUAAUAAUUUUAUCGGUCUCUUGACCAGCCUUAACACUCCUAACAUUUUGUUUCUCUAAACAAAUGAGAAAAAAACGAAGUUAGAGCUUCAAUGUACGCUCAUUAUAGAAAACACAGGAAUCAUUUGCUAUUCCAUAGUAUCCUCACAUAAAUAAAGAUUCAAUAUUUAUUUCAUUCAUUAUCAAAAUUAUAAUCUAUUUUUCCUAUGAAUUUCAUCUCUUCUUCAUAUACCAUAAAUUUAUAUUUUAAGGAACAAUUAGCUCGAUGUCAUUUCUGAAGAGUCUCAUACUAAGACGAAACGGUUGUCCAGUGCUUCUAGGUCUUCUAGGGUAAUCUAAAUUAAAUCAACUACUAAAUUAGUACAAUCUCCACGAACCUUCAUUCUGAUGAUAAUAAUAAUAAUAAUAAUGUGCUCACUAGUGACUGGCUUUAAUGUGUUUAAUGGAAUUCUAGUAAGUAGAUGUCACCAUUCGAAUCAAACCGUGUCUGUUCUGAGGUAGUUACUCACUGAAGACAAUAGUGGUCGAUCGCGCAAUAUCAUGGAUUCGUUGAAGUUAGACAUUAACAUCGUUGAAUACUGGUUCAGUGAUCUAGAGUUUAAGCAUUCGCGUGUGAGUCCGAAGGUCCUAGAUUUUAGUUUCACGUGUGGGACCGUGGAUAUGCACUGCUGAGAAUUUUCAUACUGGGACGAAACCAUUGUCCAGCGCUUUCAUAUUUUCAAUGGUGAUCUGGCUUGACUUUUGAGUUUAGACUACUAUGGAAAACCUGAAAGCACUGAACGGCCGUUUCGUCCUAUUGUGAGACUUUUCAGCUUCAAUUGACUCAUAAUUUCAACUAUUGAGAUUAUUAAAAUCUCCAUAAAACCCCUUCUGAUAUGAAAAGAAAUGUUGAUUUAGAAAAAAAAUACCGAAAUAGAUACAUAAGUGAAAAUUUAUUUAUAAUUGUACUUUUAUAAAGGUCAUUUGACAAUUUUUAUCUUUAAAAACAAAAAGAAAACGUUGGUAACAAAUAAUAAAUGAUGGAUAGUGACUAGCAGUGGAGUCCAGGACGCGCGUUUCCUCCUAUUUGAGACUCGUCAACUAGAUGUACCUGCAUCUCAGAGUUGGUGUCCUCUCUAGGACUCGAACCCAGUGCCAUCCGCUUCAAAUACCAUUGCAUUAUUCACUCAGCUACUGAGUCCUGAUAGCCACUUGCUUGUACAAUGGGGUGAAGUUUAAAUUCACUUGGUAUUGUUUGGCUUGUAUCUUCUCAUUGAGGUUUGAGACUGCAAUUGACCAGUUUGUUAUACAAAUAACAAUAUGCACAGUAUACAUAUAUGCUAAUAAAAGACUGAUCAAUUGAAGUCUUAAACCUCAAUGGGAAGAUACAAGCUAAACAAUACCAAGUGAAAUAAUCAUUGAUUGAAAGCCGAUAUUAUUUUAGCAAUUUUUGUUAUUAUCAUAUGAUAGAUGAUAACUACAUUCCAUUAUUUCAAGGAAAAUGUGGAUAGUGUACAUUGUUUAGUAUCAUUGUAAUAUGAAAAAUUUAUUUAUUUUCUUAUUAUGUACAUAUAUAUGUGAAGAGAGGGUGGAGGAGAGAUAGAGAGGGAGAGGGGGAGAGAGAGGGAGAGAUAGGAACAGGAUAUUUAUCAUUCAUAUAUUUCUAACAUUUUUCAACUUGGAAAUUCCACAGUUUUCAAAAAUAUUUCACUAUUGAAUACAGAUGUCCUAGAAAAUUCAUUUUUAAUUGAUUUAUGAAAUAGUUGCUAUAGAUAAUACCUAACCUAAGGAUUUGGUUCAUAAUUAUUUACUUAUUUACUUCUGUUACCCCUUAUGGAGGAACAUAUACCGCUCACCAACAUACUCUAUCCAACUUUGUCCUGGGCAAUCUUUUCCAACUCCUUCCAGUUGUUAUUCAUCCUUUUCAUAUCUGCGUAUAUCUCCCGACGUAAUGUGUUCUUUGGCCUUACACCUUUCCGCUUCCCUUCAAGAUUCGAAGUUAGAGCUUGCCUCGUGAUGCAGUUUGAUGAUUCGCGUAAUGUAUUUCCUAUCUAUUUCCAUCGUCUUUUCUUAAUUUCUUCUUCAGUUGGAAGCUGGUUUGUUCGCUCCCACAGAAAGCUAUUGCUGAUGGUAUCCGGCCAAUGGAUGUUUAGUAUCUUACGUAGACAACUAUUUAUAAAUACUUGUACCUUAUUUAUGAUGGUUCUAGUAGUUCUCCAAGUUUCAGCUCCAUACAGUAGAACUAACUGUCUCGACGUUCGUAUUGAAGAUUGUGACUUUGAUAUUAGUUGACAGACAGUUGUUUUGAGUUGCAUAUAUUGUUCAAUUGUAGGAAUGCUAUUCUUGGUUUGCCAAUUCUCACCUUUACAUCUACAUCAGAUUCUCCUUGUUCAUCGAUGAUGAUGAUGUUUCCUAGGUUCAUGAAGGAUUCCACAUCUUCCAGAGUUUCUCCAUCAAGUGUGAUUGGAUUGCUGUUCUCUGUGUUGUAUUUGAGGACCUUGCUAUUUUCCGUUGCGUAUGUUAAGGCCUACUGAUGAUGUGAUUGCCUGCCACAAUCCUAUACUGAAGAUUAAAUUGAAUUGAAUUUUUCACUUACUGAAAGAGUGUAUUUCAAGCUUACUUUAUCUGAAUUUGUAGUUUAAUGUGUAUCUUCUUCCCAAAAAUACAAAGUACAAAACCACAGGUAAACAUAUACAAGUUCAGUAACCUGGCAGAUACAAUAUUCGUAAUAACCCCUUAGUUCUUUGAUUUUUCUUCCUGUUUUUAUUGUUUAUAAUUUAUGCUUCAUUUAUAUCAUUUAUGUAUUGUAACCGUAAAUGCCUGGAAACAAAACAAAAUCUAUCCAUUUAAGAUCAUGUGAUUAUCAACAUGAUUAGUAAAAUGAUUAAAAUGUCACAAGAAGUUGUUAUUUAUUUUUUGUAUAUUCACAAUGAAAUCUCAAUUAACUUCAUAUUUCAAAUUGUGAAACAAACAAACAAACAAACAAACUAUUUGAACAUUUCCAUUUAUGAUUGGUUUAAUGAUCAUUUUAUUCAAUCUUCUAAUCUAGGUUUUAUGGUAUCUGGCAUUUGUCAACAAGGUAUACCUGGAAUCUUAGAGGAUUUGUUCCUAGUUGGAUACAUUUUCACUGGACUAUCCAGUCCGCGAAUGAACUCAUGUAGGAAUGAGAUGUAUUUAUAAUUGAUUAAUCACAGGGUAAUGAUUAAUAUCAUGUGUGUUAGGUCCAUCUUAGUGUGGGUCUACAACCUCCAACUACUAUCUUAUUCCAAAAUUGUGUAAAGUAAUGUCGAAUCAACUAGAUUAGUGACCAAAACAAUCUAACUGAAUAUGAAAGUAUAGGAGUAUUAGUGAUAGAAGUAUGCAUACCAUGGUAACCGCCUCAAAUGAAAAUGAUAAAAUAACAUUGUUCGGUCAAUCAGAGGUUGGAAUCGAUAGAUUAACUGAGAUUGCAGAUCACAUAUAUGAACACACACAAGCUAAUUCGAAUAGUACCAUCAAAAAACACAAACGACAGAUAGAGUAGACUAUUUCGAAAACAGAUUUUACACUUUACGCUUAAACGUGACAAACUUCAGAGGUGUGCACACAGACGCACCAACGUCAUCACAAUGUACAUAGAAACGUGAAAAAUAGAUAGAACAGUAGACGUAGGAACACUGAGAUAUGCUGGUAUCAUUAAAUGUUUGAGAACCGAGCUAUGCAGUGUCAGCCACGUUUCCAUUCGACUAGCUAUGACAGAACAAACCUACCGGUGACCGAUGAAGGCUCCUACUGUUGGCCUAAACUUACGAGGCAGUCACUUAUUCUACAUCCAAGGUUGAGCAAAAGCAGCGCAAUCUUUAAUAAACACAGAAGUAUCUUAUCCUUGGAUGAUAAUGUGAAAAAACACCCUGACUUCACCUUUGUAUUAAGGACUGUGAAUACAACUGAGAUAAGAACAUGCGGCACCAGAUGAAUCACGUCGGGAUCAUCACUCUGUGAUUUUUAACUGACUCCAUUGAUGAUGAACAAUGAUGAUAGUAAAUUAUAAAUUUCUACUGAAUUCGCAUACAUCCUGUCAACAUAACAGGUUCAGAAUACAAGUCGGGAUACGAAUGCUACGGGUACAUAUACUUCAGGCAUUCGUAUGACCAGACAAACCAAGAGAGUCAAUAAGCAAAUGAAGUAUGGAGAGUCUUUUAAUGGACUCGUACAUAAUUCACACGUACAUAGAAUAGAGAAUGCAAUGCAGAUAUACGCAUAAACAAAGCACACAAUAACAUAUAUGAAUAUAAUUAACAUGGAAACGAAUGAGAAAAGCAAAUCUGUAAAAGGUCAGAAUUAUUUAGGAGAAACGGUAUUGUAAGAAGGUAAAAAUAACCUAAUAGUUAAAUGCUAUCUGAUUUAUUAUACAUCCAAAAGCUAGAAUAAUUUGUUUACGGAUGUAAUAAGAAUUGCUAGUGUAUCUGGUGAUGUGUUUGAGGAAUUAAUCUUGCAUGUUGUGUGGAAGCCUAAAUGGAUAUGUAAACCUAAGUUGUAACAGGUAAACCUCGCUGACGAGUGCCUAAUAGCAUGAAACCUACAUCUGGUAUUUCCUGUGAACUAACCCCAAUCACCAUCUUAUCUCAACAUACUGCACGCAAUGUCGACUCACCUACAUUGGUGGCCACAUCGCAAAUUGAUCGAUAGGAAGGACCUGAUACACAUGACAUUGAUCACCACCCAGUGAUUAGUCAACUGUAAAUGUUUUAAUUACUAAGCAACAUCUGAAUGUAUCAUUGAUUGUGAAACAUUUCGUUCAUCUUAUUAGAUAAACCUACCAUUGAUACGCUGAAGGAAUAAAUGACACAAAGUAGAUAGAUCCAUUAUCUUGAGAAUCUUGAAAAUCUUAUACAUACUUUACAUCUUUUGAUGUUAAAUUGACUUUGAUUGAAUUGAAUCUAAACUAGUCUUCACAUUGUAAUUAAUUAGUUAAGCAGUUGGAACAUUGCAGAUUGCAGAUAUCUAGUUAAUAUGAAACUGUGGCAUUUAAGUUAUGAACACUAUGACAAAUAAUUCAGUGAUUCCCUACUUGAAAAAUUCAAAACUAUGAUCCGGACGAUUUCUACACAUUGAUCUUUGUGUGAUUGAAGAUUUCGAAAUUAGUCAAGAGACCAAUUGAAAGAGUAUAUAUAUGAGGAGUUUAAAAUAAGAAGGAAAAAUUACCCAACUGAUCGUAAGAUUCUCCCAGGUAUGUAGGACAGUCUACUUUACGUCUCAAAAUCCUCUUAUUCAUUUACAACAUGUAAUUAAGUUGAAGAGAUUUACUAUCGAUAUGUUCUCUCUUCGGGUGUUUCAUACUAUCAGACUACCAGCUUUAAAUGUUUCUAAAUAACAUAUUUUUGUUCCAGUGGAUCUCAAACGUUGUUGCUUCAUUGACGUGGUAGUCGGGAUUGCCUAUCGUGAUGAACCAAUCGAGCUAUACUAGUUGGAACAACCGUUCCUCAAGGUCCUACCAUGUCAAACACGUCGGUUGAAGAGCGGUAAGACUAAAAGCAAAAAAACCCAAGGUCCGAAGGCGAAGUCGUACUACUGACUGUACAGAGGUGUGACAGCAGUAAGGUAUUUCCUUCAGAUAACCAACAUGACAGUGAUGCUGCCUUCUCACAAGGAGGGGUAGGGUUAGGAAAGGUCGACCUCAAAAAUGCACACCUCGCCCUAUCCCACGGAUAUCCGUCUCCAGCGGUAAGGUCUUGAUGAUGUCACAGGUAUUCAGUGUUUGACAACGCUUCUACCAGUAACACCUUCUAAUGUAUUUCGUUCCCACCAAGAGAAAUCAAAAGACAGAGUCGAGGAGAUCGGAAGAGUAUAUUUGGCGAUGACCAACAUAUCGGAAUUCUCUGAUCUAAUCUGGCUAGCGAUUGCGGUUGAUGUUGAGCACGGCGUUACCACACGUGAUCUGGUGCGGAUGCCUGACCGAGCGCCUUCAGCUAGAUGAGUCCACUAAAACAUAUGGUCAGCAUCCAAUGUCGAAAACUUAGUGCUAUUUA